AUGGAUUCAAACUCACUUAUAAGGAGCAAAACUGAUGUAAGCUGGAGACUUCGGCCUGGAGCAAUAGCAGAAAGCAUCUCAGCUGCGUUUGGAAACACCAACCCUCCAAAAACUCAACCUCCCAUAUCAGCUGGCACAAUAACAAAGAAAAGGCUAGCAUCCUUAAAAAAUAAAACAACCGAUAAAGAAACAUUCCUUACUGAAGCUGAAAUUAAUGAAAUAGAAGAACAAAUUCCAGCUGAUUAUCAGCCAAUGUCCUUUGAAGACAUGAUCAAAGAAGUUGAGAACAUGACGAGCGGACUCAAAAAAGGAGACGAUGAUUUGGCAGAAAUCAGAAAAAGACUCGCAGUCUGUAGCGAAAACAUCAAUGUAAGAUCUACAACCACUGAUGGAAUUCAGAAAAAUGCAAAAGAAAUUGACUCUCAGUUCAAGAGCAUGAUAAAAGAUAUAGAAUCUUAUCCUGAUCUAGGAGAGCUCUCUGACGAAGAUGUUAAAACUAAUAACUAA